CUUAAAUGUAGCUUCCAGUUGUUACCUGGAUUCAGUACGCACAUGUUGUAACAGGCUCGAAGAUGGCAGAGAACGAUAAACAUAAGAAGAAGAGCAAGAAGAAAUCUCUCGGAGAGCUUCAGAGGGAGACAAAAUGCGAAAUCGAACCUUCCGAUGAAAUAACAAAGCUCGAUUAUAAAGAUUGGCCUUUGUUAUUUAAGAAUUUUGAUAAGAUGCUGACACGCACAAAGCACUUCACUCCAUUAUCGUGUGGUUCUACUCCACUCAAUCGUACCCUAUCAGAAUAUAUAAAGUCAGGCUGCAUCAAUCUAGAUAAGCCAUGUAAUCCAUCAUCACAUGAAGUUGUGGCUUGGAUAAAGAAAAUUUUGAGGGUGGAAAAGACUGGUCAUUCUGGUACAUUGGAUCCUAAAGUAUCGGGAUGUUUGAUAGUCUGUAUCGAUAGAGCCACCAGAUUAGCAAAGUCACAGCAAUCUGCUGGUAAAGAAUAUAUUGCUGUAUUUAAACUUCACUCGGCCCCAGAAAGUGUACAGAAGGUGCAACAAGCAUUGGAGAAACUACAAGGUGCUCUAUUUCAAAGGCCACCAAUUAUAUCAGCAGUUAAGAGACAACUCCGUGUUAGGACAGUUUACGAAAGCGCGUUACUCGAUUAUGACACUGAGAAAAACAUGGGCGUAUUUCGUGUGAGCUGUGAAGCUGGCUCUUAUAUCAGAACUCUAUGUGUCCAUCUCGGGCUCUUCUUGGGUACUGGUUGUCACAUGCAAGAACUUAGACGAAGUCGCUCUGGCGUUCAAUCCGAAGAUGACAAUAUGAUCACUAUGCAUGAUAUCCUUGAUGCCCAGUGGUUGUACGAUAAUCACGGGGACGAAUCAUAUCUGAGGAGAGUAAUAAAACCGUUGGAAGCGCUACUAGUGAAACACAAGAGAAUUAUCGUAAAGGAUAGCGCUGUAAACGCAAUUUGUUACGGAGCGCAAAUAAUGCUGCCAGGCAUUCUGAUGUACGACUCAGAUAUAGAAGUAAAUCAGGAAAUAGUAAUUGUGACCACUAAGGGCGAAGCUGUAGCACUUGCCAUAGCAUUGAUGACCUCUGCAACCAUGGCUGCAUGUGAUCAUGGAACUGCAGCAAAAAUUAAAAGGGUAAUUAUGGAGAGAGACGCGUAUCCGAGAAAAUGGGGCCUUGGACCUAAAUCAUCGACAAAGAAACGUAUGAUAAUCGAGGGGAAAUUAGAUAAGUAUGGAA